AUGGCCUCUAGUAGCCAAACGACAUCCUCACCUCAUCCUUCAUCAGCUGAAUCAUCUACUCCUCGGAGGAAGUACGAUGUUUUUCUGAGUUUCAGGGGUGAAGACACCCGCAAGACUAUUGUCCCCACUAUCUACCAUGAAUUGCAGAACAGAGAAAUUGAAACGUUCAUGGAUGACACAGGGCUCCCCAGAGGGGCGUCUAUUUCUCCGAGUCUGCUGUCAGCAAUUCAAGAAUCCAGGUCAGCCAUCGUUGUUCUCUCACCAAACUAUGCUGAUUCUGGAUGGUGUUUGGACGAAUUGAGAAUGAUUAUUCAAUGCAUGGAAUGUAAGAACACAACAGUUAUCCCAAUCUUUUAUGACGUGAAACCCUCUGACGUGCGACAUCAGAGAGGGAAUUUUGCAAGAGCCUUUACUAGGCACCAAGAAAGGCUUGCACAAGAACAAGAUGAUGACUACUUAGAUCUGUUGGACCAGUGGAGAGUUGCUUUAACAAAAGUUAGCGGUCUCUCUGGCUUGGAAUCAAACAAAUAUAGUUCUGACCUAGAACUUGUCAAAGACAUCGUGGAAACGGUCUGCAGUGAAUUAUGUCCUAUUGAUGUCGAAUGGGCAUUGUCAUCUACCAAAGAUUUCGUAGCAUUUGAAGCAACAAAACGAGCCAUGGAGGAGGUAAUGAGGGCACUUCAAGAUGAUGAGAUCACUGCCAUUGGAGUGUUUGGUAUGGGAGGCGUUGGCAAGACAAGUAUGGUGAAACAUGUUGCUGCACAAGCCCGGAAAAUUGGGCUUUUUAAUUAA